AUGAGCGGAAACAGAUCACAGCAAUCUUUCGCCUCUCAACAUGAGAAUCCUUGCAUUGUUAUUGCUCAGCCUCAAUUAAGCCGCAUACCUAACUCUGAACCCCAUAACCUGGAUAGUUUAAAUGCUUCCAAUCGCAGAGCCCUCCUUCAUCCAACAACAUCUUCUGUUAUAGAAGGAAAGAUUAAAUCUAGUUCAUUUAUCAAGUCACGGAGGGGCACUAUAGUAUCUUCGGAACCGGUUGUCAAUAUCUUCGAUUACGCAUCGCACCCGCAGAACCAGAUACAAGGCCCCCGCUUAAGCAUCUGUGCACAACCUGAGAAUCUAGCGGCAAAUAUACCCGAUAUUCAACCUACCCUUUCCGGUACCGAGUUUCGCGUUUCACAAGAACAGGACGAGGACCAUAGACUAAGGAGGCGCCGCUCAAUUAAUUCAAGGUUUUAUUUCUGCAUGCAUGAUAGGGGAGGUGUAGAUGCGAUCAAGAAUACUAAAUCGAAUCUCAUCCUAGAAUCGAACGUCACAGAGGAUUAUAGUGGCGAUAUUCUCUCGAACCAUGGCAUUGUGAAACUUAAUAUUUCCGGCACCCUGUUUCAUGUGCGGCGUUCCACUCUAGAGAAUGAUCCUCUUGUUUACCAAGGCAUUUUAGAGCAGGCUAUCUGGCUUGAGCAACGACGUGAGUACUAUCUUGAGAGAGAUCCCAUGGUAUUUAGAUUUGUAUUUCACUACCUCCGCUUUGGAGACCUACAUUUGCCUGGUAACUUGUGUGGUCCAUUCUUAGAAAAAGAGCUGCAGUCCUGGGGCAUCCAGAUGGGCUUCGAAGUCCAGCGCUGUUGCCUAGGUGCCGUUAUGGAGACCAAAGUGAAUCUGGACUCGUUGAAGCAUUUUGAACAAGAUCUGCGAGGAGAGAACAUAAAGCCGAGACAUAUGAUUAGGUAG